AAGUAAAGUGUUUUUUUCUGCUCCUCUUCUAAUAUGAACACCUAUGUUGCCACCAGUCAGUGUCCAUCAGUGCCAGCUCUCAGUGCUCAUCCAUGCCACCUGCCAGUGCCCAUCAGUGCCACAUCAAUGCCACAUAUCACUGCCCAUCUGAGCUGCCUUUCAGUGUCACCCAUCAGUGCCAGUCAGUGCUACCUAUCAGUAGCACCAAUCACUGCCGCCUAUCAGUGCCCGUCAGUGCCGCCUAUCAGUGCAAUAUAUCAGUGCUGACUUUCAGUGCCCAUCAGUGCCACCUACCAGUGCCACCUAUCAGUGUCCAUCAGUGCAGCCUAUCAGUGCCCAUCAGUGCAGCCUCAUUAGCGCACAAAAGUGAAGGAGAAAAAUCACUUAUUUACAAAAUUUUAUAA